UUGGUUUGGUUCAAUUUAAGUUGCCUGCAGGCACAGCCGAAACGCGCCAUUGUCGCUGUUUGCGCCGGCAGCACACAACCCCGUCUUGGCCUGCUUUUCCCUUGCUGCACGGAUGACCUCCUCGGUACCAGGCAUCAAGACCAGCAUCGCCCCCUCUUCCUCCUCGUCUUCCACCAACGCCGCCGUCGCCAGCAGCUCCAAGAUCGCGCGCAGCAUGCAAGUCGCCUUUGCCUCUGCGCCCUGGGGUGCCCCAGGACCGUCCGGUUCUUCUUCUGCUGCUUCUGCAGCGACACUUCCCACAGCACACGUUUCCCAGCCACUGGGUGCGCUCGCCCCAUCUCCGAGCCUCCCUGCCAGCGAGCCGUUUCCCAAACAACAGCCCACCACCCAGCAACAACAAAUACAACAACAAAUACAACAACAACAACAACAACAAAUACAACAACAACAACAACAACAACAACAACAACAACAACAACAACAACAACAACAACAACAACAACAACAACAACAACAACAACAACAGCAGCAGCAGCAGCAGCAGCAGCAGCAGCAGCAGCAACAGCUCCUUUGGAGGCAACAGACCAGUAUGACUGGCAUGGUCACCUCCAAUCCCGCUUUGCAGCACAACAGCCUGCCGCACACCACCGAUCCCUCCAUCAUGGCAGCUCACAUGGCCGCGAGCGCCGCCAGCAGCAGCGGCUUUUUGACCGCAAGACUGCCGCAGCCGGACGUGGGCCUGCUCCAGUUCAUGCAGGCGUAUCCGCAGCUCAUUGACCCCAACGCGCUUCGCCUCGUGAAGGCUGCACCAUCAUCCGCAUCAGCGGCGACGCUGCCCAACGGCUCGGCACCAGCAAGUGCAAGUGCCGGUGCCACCAUGCCCAUCGCCUCCCUUGCACAGGUGCUGCCCUCCUCUUCUUCUUCCUCCUCCUCCCCUGCUUACUGGCAAGCAGCCAUGCAAGAGGCCAUCAACCGGCUGUCCCAAGCAACGGCUUCAACUGCGCCAACGGCAAACCCAGCCACACCCGCGUUUCCACUGUCCGCAUCCUACAUCUCCUCCUCGUCAUCCACCUCGGCACCCUCAGCACCCUCCUUCCACUAUGCACAGCAACAACAGCGACCACAACAGCAGCAGCAAGUGCCGCAGGCAGCGAUGGCGCCCCUGUCCUUGGCUGCCAUGUCGCUAUUCGCGCGACACGCGCAAGCCGCUGCUGCCAAUGGCCAGGUUGAACCAGUGCCCACCCCACCUCCACCACCACUACGUUCGCAAGCACAACAGCUGCACGUAAGGGGCGCCGUCCGCCGUGGUGACGAUGAUAGCGACGCCAACAGCAGCAACAGCAGCAGCAGCGAUGAUGAUGAUGUGCAGAUGGUGGGCGGCCGUGUUGAGCAAGCGCAUACACGCGGUGGCCGCAGUGGCAUUACAUCUGCGUCUCCACAGCAGAAUACCAAUUACAGUCACGGCAGCGAUGAAGGCGAUGGCAGUGAUGGCAGUGAUGAUGAUGAUGAUGAUGUUGAUGAUGUUGACAACAAGAGCGGUGGUAAAGGCGGUGGCGCGCCUUCGACGACAAAGACACCGCUACUGGCAUCAGCUGGUGUGCCUGCAUCGACGGCAGCCAACAAGCAGCCCUCCGGAGGGAACGGCAACGCCGCGGCAGCCAACGGCACCAAGGAGGCGACACCUGGGCCCCCUGCUCCACUUGCGCCCGUCACCAGCGGCGAAAUCAAGCCUGACCCAGAUGGCCCCGCUGCUCAGGAGCCCAGCACCACGGCCGUCAACGGCACCAGUGGCAGCGCCGGUCACAGCAAUGGGAAGGCACGCAAAGGAACGGCGUGCCCAGACUGCGGGAAGGUGUUCCGCCACGCCGCGUGGAUGCGCAAGCACCGCGUCAAGCACGAGACAGAGGCCAAGCUCAAGUGCAACCGCCCCAACUGCAACAAGAAGUUCAAGUCGCAGACGGCGCUACGCCGGCACAUUCGCACGCAGCACGAGAACGUGUACACGUACCGCUGCCCCAUCUGCCACAAGGGCUUCCAGGACAGGCGCAAGCUCAACGCCCACCACCGCUCUCACGAGCGCCAAGAAGGACAGGCACAGCAGGCAGCCAGCUCCGUUCUGGGCAAAGAGCUCAUUCGUCGCCUGGAGUGGGCUGCCACAUCGGCCAUGCUGAGCGCAACCAACUGCGGGAUGGCCUUUGUUGACAUCACCCAGUCGCCCGUCUGCAGCGUCUGCUCCUCCAGCCAGGACGUGCCGUCCUUCCGCUGCUGCCAGUGCAACUCGCGCGUGCACUGGCACUGCCUUGGCGUCGUCCAGCCUCCCUCCGUGCCGCUGCCGAGUCCGCUGUGCCCAACGUGCCUGCAGCUGCGCGCGCUUUCUCCGGCGUCCCUGCUCACGGCCGUCGUUGGCUUUCAGAUGCUGCAGCAGUACAUGCACCAGCGCGCCUACCGCCUCUGCGGCAUCCCCACCGACGCGUGGUCCCUCGUCAACGCGGUGGCGCGUGGCAUGGACAACGCCGAUCCGCAGAAGCUCUUCCGCCGCGCCUUGCGGAUCCUGGCAACGUCGCUCCCACUGGACCACCUCACCAGUGCAGAGUGCACCGCCGUUCGUCAAGCAGCAGCGCAGGCGCUGCAGCACACCGAGAUUGUCGUCAACCGCGUUGUCAACCCUUACCACAGCACCCUGCUGUGGGACGCAAUGCCGCAAGCGCUGGCGCGCGCGGCUGGGCGCACGUUGCACAUUUUCCAGAGCGACGUCGCGCACGGACAAGUCAAGUUGUUUGUGGAGAACGAGGCAGCGAGUGGUGGGCAAGUGGGGCAGGAUGCCCCCGGCACCAUCUCCCUCAUUCGUGCCGGUCACGAGUACCGCUGCCAGUUUUAUGACCUUGUUCUGCCCGCCACCCUCUAACUGUGGUGUGUGUGUGUGUGUGUGUGUGUGUGUGUGUGUGU